GAACACCCGCCCAUAUACACCAUAGACCUCAGCCUCUCCCCAUCCCAGCGCUACAUCUCCGUCGCACGGGACUACAAACUAAUCCUAGAAUCUCUACCCUACAUCUUUGACGAGCUUCUUGAAAGCGUAAAUCUCCCCAAAAAGACAUUCCACCGGAUUGCGCGCGCCGUGCUGCGCAAGAUGCAUAGUAAGGAACAGACAGAGGAGUUGAGGGGAAUAAGUCGUGUCUCUGGAGUGAGAAUGAGUAUGUUGGUGGCGUAUAAUGUUCUGCUGGAUUUGUUCAUGGGAUGCACGAGUGGGGGAAUUUGUGUGAAGGAGGAGCGGAAGGAGCAUAGCGGGGAAGGGGGAGAGAGGGUAAUGAUGCAUUUCAGGACCCUGGAUUGGGGGAUGUCGGCGCUGAGGAAAGCCGUUGUGCAGUAUGAAUUUGUGGAGAAAAAAGGGGGCCCUGUCGUUGCGACAUCUAUCGGGUAUGUGGGCUUUGUUGGGGUGUUAACGGGAGUGAGACCAGGCCUAAGUGUAUCCCUGAACUUCCGACCCUACCACAACAACGACGAUUCCCGAUGGUCUAACACCAAGUUCUACAUUCAUCAUUUGCUCGUCCUCCUUGGAUUUCGACCGUGUAUCUCGUCUCAUAUCCGCGAUUUCAUCCUUAAGAAAACAAAAAACUCUCACCCCUAUUUCUGGAUGGGACCUAUGCCAUCACCAACCACACGUCUCCCUCUCCCUAGUCUUGCUCACAUCCUCAAAGCCUUCCCCGCCAUCCCAACCACCGCCGCCUACCUCAUUCUCUCUGAUGGAGACCACACAGCUGUCCUUGAAAAAGACCGUAUCACUGCCCAAUCCAUACUCUCCUCGUCCUUCAUUACAGCCACAAACCACGAUGUAUCGUACGAGCUGCCCUCGGUAACUGGAGUUCAAGCUGCGCAGGCUACGCACUCGAAAACCCACCACUUCGGCAUUGGCAUGAAGGAUCUCGUUGAAGAAAGCAUGGAUCGGAAACGUUGUAUGGUUGCAAAGUGGGAGCGGCGGUGCAGAAGCCUAAGACAGAAACAGAAACAGGAACCUGAACAGAGCCAGCACCAACGGCUAUCGACGGGGCGCAGGAGGCGACGAGAUGUGGCACUGCAACUGGAGAAGGACGAGGGUUAUGUGAGCUUUAAUGAACUAAAAGAAUGGCUGCUGGAGUUUCCGACUACGAAUGAUGAGACGCAUUUUGUUACCAUCAUGGACCCACGGAAGGGGACGGUCGAGUGGGUGAGGAUGUUU